CACUCGUUUGGGUGCAAAGUCGCUUCAACCGUCAAUCCGUUCACUCGUGCAAUUCGCAAUGGUCGUGGUCGGACUGGAUGUCGGGACUACAAGCAUCAAAAUUGUCGUGCUGGACCCUGCGCAGACACUCUAUGCUCCAGUCUGGGCGGCGGAAGAGCAGCAUGAGGCUUACACAAUCCAUUCAAGCGAGCGAGCGGAACAAGACCCGAGCGUUCUACUCGGCGUGGCUGUCAACUUGCUGCGAUCAGUGCCAGAGACUCUUGCGGCGCGUGUCGACCGGAUUGCAUUGACUGGUCAGAUGCACGGCGUUGUGCUCUGGUCGCAGCAGAAUGCGAAUGCUGCUGCCAAUCAGACACCCAACCUGAAAGACUCGAGUUUACUUCCAGUUUCACCAUUAAUCACAUGGGAAGACGGUCGGUGUUCAUCGGCAUUCUUGGCAGAUUUGCACAAGCAAGCGACAAGUCAAAUGCAACUCAGCUCGGGGUAUGGCGUGGCAUCGCUCGCAUGGCUCGCCAAGAACAACCCGGACAUUUUGAGCAAGGCCACAGCUUGUGGUACCAUUAUGGACUUUGUGGCAUGCAGCAUCUGUGAAGACGCGCAGCCCUGCAUGACACCGACAAACGCUGCGAGUUUCGGCGCGUUUGACGCUGCGCAGUCUUGUUGGCAACAGCCCUAUAUUGAAGAGGUCGCGGGCAUCCGGUUUGACCUCCUCCCGCGGAUUGUGUCGUCCGGAACUCGUGUUGGACGGCUAAAAUCCGGCAUUCUGCAGGCAGAUCGAACAACGGAGGUCCAGGUGUUGGCGGCAGAGGGCGAUCAUCCUUGCUCAGUCUACGCUGCUCUCAACAUUAUCGCGCGUCCAAGCAGCAGCGUUCCAGCCGUGCAGCCAUCCCAUUCCGUACCGCAGGCUAUUCUGAAUAUGGGAACUUCCUCCCAAGUUGCCAUUGUGGUCCCGCGGUCUGGGCUGCCCGCCGAUUUGAAACUCAACCCGUCGGUGGAGAUUCGGCCCUACUUUGCCCCCGAGCUCUGCAUGAUUGUCCUUGCGUCACAAACGGGUGGAAACGCCUUGGCUGCGCUUGUGACUGCAUUCUCUCGGUGCACGACAGAACUGUCUGACGAUGCCGGUGCGAUUUCAUCCGACGCGGCAUUCUCCAAACUGAUCGAAAAGGGGUGCUCGCUUGUCAAGCAAACAGACAGACCUCCGUCGAUUUCCUUCCGGCCUACGUUCUACGGCGAGCGAGCAGACACGGCUAUGCGGGGCCAAAUUGCAAACAUUGGACUCGACGCGAGCGGCGAGCUUGACUUCUCCUUUGUCGGCCUAUUUGUCGCCGCAUGUCGCGAUUUGAUGCUGCAUCUCGCCACAAUGCUGGAUCAGCUUGUCGGUGAUACCAUUGCAGAGUCUUCUCCAACGCUCCUGCACCGGCUGGGUAUUCAGAACUUGAUUGCAACUGGCCGCGCAAUUCAGCGCAACCCCUUAUUGCAACACUUUGCUUCUGCGGCCUUUCGUGUUCCUGUGCGAGUAUUGCCUCUUGACUCGCGUGCCGACUCUGCCCUCGGCGUUGCCCUGCUCGCCCUUCCGACGGUCUAAUCGCGACGAGUUGACUUUCACUACAGCUGUGCUCGAUUUAUUUUUUUUUUUGUUGUUGUUGUUCAAUCAACUCGGUCGUUUG